GGCCGGCCGGCCGGCGGCGGGCGCUGAUUGGCCGCCCCGCGAUGGCGGCCCUGAGGGCGGCGGGCAGGGAGGGCCUCAUCAUGGAGGCUGCUGAGGAGGAGGAGGAAGAAGAGGAGGAGGAGGAGACGACGGGCCCGGGCCGGUCGAGGCUGUAGUGGGCGACGCCAUGGAGCCGCCCGGGGCCCCCAACGGCUCCCACCAAGCCCGGGGGGCCCCGCAGGCCCCACAGCGACAGGUCCGGGAGCUGUGCGCGGGGGCCGGCGAGCGGCCUUACGUCUGCGAGAGCGGGCACUGCUGCGGGGAGACAGGCUGCUGCACCUACUACUACGAGCUGUGGUGGUUCUGGCUGCUGUGGACCGUCCUCGUCCUGUUCGGCUGCUGCUGCGCGGCGCGCCACCGCCGCGCCAAGCUGCGCCUGCGGCAGCAGCAGCGCCAGCGCCAGAUCAACCUGCUCGUCUACCACGGCGCCCACCGAGGCUCGGCCGCCGCCGCCGCCGCCGCCGCCUCGUCCUCGCUCCUCGACCUGCGUCUCCUGGCCUCCUACAAGCUUCCGGCCUACGAGGACGUGGCCCGGCGGCCGGGCACCCCGCCCCCGCCCUACAGCGCGGCCUCGCCCGGCUCCGCCGGCCGCCCCCCGUCCCCGCGCCCCGGCCCCCGCCUCUCCCCCUGGACCGCCCCCUCGCCCUCCCCUGCCUCGGACCCCCCGGGCAGCGGCUGGGGGGGGGCGGGAAGAGGCGCCUCUCCCACCCCCCGCCCUCUGCCCGGCCGAGGGGCCCGGCCCCGCCCGCCGCCGCCCCCCGACCGGGGACUCGGAUUUGGGGCGGACGCCCCCCGUAAGCCGGCCCACCCUGGACUCGAGGGCACAAACCGCGACCCCACCGUUUCACCGCCGUCCCCGGACCGAGCUGAGCGGCAACCAAGGCGGGGGGACGCGGACCGGACCACCCCCCUCUAG